GAGAAUGAAACAUUCCUAAAUUCUUAUAAUUGAAAAGUAUACCUUCAUAAUGGCCUCAUAGCAAUAUCACCUAUUAUCAACUUCAUUGGACAUAGUGGCACUGUUAAAACAUUUCGUUGAUAUAGCAGUCAUCAAGAUUCAAACCUCUGUUUGGUCAUUGUACUCACAGACUUUGUGCUUUCACCCAACUUCCAUUGCGCAUUACCAAAAAGAAAAAAUCACCUAUUAUCUCAAUGUAGAAAAUUGUGCGAUCACAGUCAGGAAAGGCGGCUCCUGGAGACAUUCUUGUAGGUUCUCAAGUAUGGGUGAAAGAUCCUGAAGUGGCCUGGAUCGAUGGAGAAGUUCUGGAGAUCAAUGGUCAGCAGGUUGAAGUUCAGACGGUUAAUGGAAAGUUGGUGACUGUAAAUUUGUCAGACGUACACCCAAAGGAUUCUGAAGCAUUGCCAGGUGGAGUGGAUGAUAUGACAAAACUUGCUUAUUUGAAUGAGCCAGAAGUUCUACAAAAUUUGGCAUCUAGAUAUAAACUAGAUGAAAUCUAUACCUACGUUGGAAGCAUAUUGAUUGCCAUCAAUCCUUUUAAAAGACUUCCUCACUUGUAUGACAGUCAAAUGGUGGAAAAAUACAAAGGGGCAACAUUUGGAGAGUUAAGCCCUCAUGUGUUUUCUGUGGCACAUGCUGCAUACAGGCUGAUGAUCAAUGAGAAUAAAAGUCAGUCCAUUCUGGUGAGUGGAGAAAGUGGGGCAGGUAAAACAGAAUCCACCAAAAUGCUUAUGCGUUAUCUUGCUUAUGUGGGAGGUCGAGCAGCAACUGAAGGGAGAUCAGUAGAGCAGCAAGUGCUAGAAUCAAAUCCUGUUCUGGAAGCUUUUGGAAAUGCAAAAACUGUUGGGUGUAACAACUCCAGUCGUUUUGCUAAACUUGUUGAGCUACAAUUUGACAAAAAUGGAAGAAUAUCAGGAGCUGCUAUUAAAACAUACCUACUAGAAAGGUCUCGUGUUUGCCAAAUUUCAGAUCCUGAGAGAAACUAUCAUUGUUUCUAUCUUCUCUGUGCUGCACCCCAACAGGAAAUUGAAAAAUAUAAGUUGGGACAUCCAAGCUUGUUUCAUUAUUUGAACCAGUCAAACUGUUAUCAACUCGAUGGUGUUAAUGAAGCUGAAAAGUACCUUGCAACACGAAGAGCAAUGGGAGUUGUUGGAAUCAGUACUGAAGAACAAGAUGCAAUAUUUCGAGUUGUGGCAGCUAUUCUCCAUUUAGGUAAUGUGGAUUUUACUAAGGGGGAGGACAGCGAUUCUUCUAAGCCAAAAGAUGAGAACGCUAUGUUUCAUCUUAAGAUGGCAGCCGAAUUAUUCAUGUGUGAUGUUAAGGGUCUACAAGACUCUCUAUGUAAACGUGUCAUUGUGACUCGAGAUGAAAGCAUUACAAAAUCUCUUGAUCCAGUUGCUGCAGUUACCAGCCGAGAUGCAUUGGCAAAAACAGCAUACUCACGAUUAUUUGAUUGGCUGGUAAAUAAAAUAAAUAAUUUAAUUGGCCAGGACCCUAACUCAAAGACCCUAAUUGGAGUUCUUGACAUCUACGGUUUUGAAAGUCUUAAGAAUAAUAGUUUUGAACAGUUCUGUAUCAAUCUUGCAAACGAGAAGAUGCAACAGCACUUCAAUAAGCACGUCUUUAAGAUGGAACAGGAUGAAUACGCAAGAGAAGAAAUUGAUUGGAGCUACAUUGAAUUUGUUGACAAUCAAGAUGUUUUGGAUCUAAUUGAAAAUAAACCACGGGGAAUUUUUGCUCUUCUGGAUGAAGCCUGCAUGUUUCCAAGAUCAACUGAUCAUGAGACCUUUACAGAAAAGCUUUACCAAACUUUCAAGAGCAAUAAGCGGUUCAGAAUACCAAAACUUUCUCGCACUGACUUCACAAUUUGUCACUAUGCUGGUGAAGUUACGUAUCAGACUGAUUUGUUCCUUGAUAAGAACAAAGAUUAUGUUGUCACAGAGCAUCAAGAUCUAUUAAGCUCUUCAAAAUGUUCCUUUGUUGCGGGUCUCUUUCCUGCUCUAACUGAGGAAUCUUCAAAAUUAUUUUCCCCCAUUGGUACACGUUUUAAGCAACAACUGCAAUCUCUCCUUGAGACACUAAGCUCAACAGAACCUCAUUACAUACGAUGUGUGAAACCAAACAGUGUUCUAAAUCCAGGCAUUUUUGAGAACCAGAAUGUUCUACAACAACUACGUUGUGGGGGUGUCAUGGAGGCAAUCAGAAUCAGCUGUGUGGGAUACCCUACAAGGCGGACAUUUGAUGAAUUUCUUGACCGUUUUGGUAUUCUUGCUCCUGAAGCCUUGGAUGUAAAAUGUGAUGAGAAGACUGAAAUUAAAAAUUUACUGGAGAAAGUGAGUCUCCAAGGCUAUCAGAUAGGGAAAACAAAGAUUUUUCUGAAGGCUGGGCAAAUGGCAGAAUUGGAUGUUCGAAGAACUGAGGUAUUGGGUAAAGCAGCAAAAAUCAUCCAGCAAAAAUUUCGGUCACAUCUUGCUCGAAAAGAAUUUCAGUCUCAAACUAAAGCUUCAAUUAUUAUACAGACUGAAUGGCGUGCAUAUAGAGCUCGCACAUACUAUAAGAAGUUAAAGUUGGCUAUGGAGCAAGCUAAGACUGUCAUAGAGACUCUAGUUGUUGUUGUAGACACUGCAAAGAUCGAGAGUCUCACCAGUGAGAAUGAAAAGCUAAAGGCUUUGAUAAGUUCACUUGAGUCAGAAAUUGAGAAGCUCAAGAAUACAUUACAAAGGUUUGAAGCAAAACUUUUAUAUGCUGAAUCCGAGGAUAAAGUUAUUCGUCAGCAAACAUUGGUCAAGUCACCUAUAAGGGCCUCUUCGGAACACUUAAUCACAACAGUUACUCAGACUCUUGAAAAUGACUAUCAUGAGCUUGAGGAACCUGAUAAAAUUACUGUUGCGAGCGAGGUACGUAUCAUCAAGGAGCCUGCUGAAAUUGAGAAUAAGCCACCAAGGCCUCUUAAUGGCAUAGAGACCAAGCCACCAAGGCCACUUAAUGAUAUACAUCUUGAAAGCAUAGACACACUUAUCAAGUGUGUCUCUCAAGAUAUCGGCUUCAGCCAAGGCAGGCCUGUUGCAGCAUGCAUUAUUUACAAGACACUUUUUCAUUGGCGGUCAUUUGAAGCUGAAAGAACCACCAUGUUUGAUCGUAUUAUUCGGAUGAUUGGAUCAGCAAUUGAGAAUCAGGAAAACAAUGAUGUUCUGGCCUAUUGGUUGUCAAAUACAUCAACUUUGCUUUUCUUCUUACAACGUACACUGAAGGCAACUGGUGCAGCUGGAGUAGCUACCCAGAAGCGAAGAUCACCUUCUACUUUACUUGGAAGAAUGGCUCAAGGUGUUCGAUCCUCGCCAUCAGCACCAAGUGGAGACACUGAUGGAUUAGAUGCCGUGCACCAAGUGGAGGCAAAAUAUCCAGCUUUAUUAUUCAAGCAACAACUUACAGCUUCUGUGGAAAAGAUAUAUGGGACUUUCCGUGAUAAGCUGAAGAAGGACAUAUCUGCAUCGCUUGGCUUGUGUAUACAGGCUCCAAGGACAUCAAGGGCAGGUACAGUAAAGGCAUUUCGAUUGCAGGCAAAUGGAAGUGCACAAGAAGUAAUUCCCAAACACUGGCAAAGCAUUACCAAGUGCCUCACCAGUCUUCUUCAAACAAUGCGUGCAAAUAAUGUGCCAUCAGUUUUAGUCAAUAAAAUCUUCAGUCAAAUAUUUGCAUUCAUCAAUCUACAACUUUUCAACAGCCUUCUUCUACGUCGUGAAUGCUGCUCAUUCAGCAAUGGAGAGUAUGUUAAAGCAGGGUUAGCUGAUCUGGAGCUUUGGUGCUGUGAAGCAACAGAAGAGUAUGCUGGUUCAGCUUGGGAUAAACUCAUGCAUAUCAGACAAGCAGUGGGAUUUUUGGUUAUUCAUCAGAAACCAAAGAAAUCUCUGGAUGAAGUCACCCAUGAUCUUUGUCCGGUCUUGAGCAUACAACAAUUAUAUAGAAUCAGCACCAUGUAUUGGGAUGAUAAGAAUGGCACUCAGAGUCUGAAUGCAGAUGUUAUUGAAAACAUGAGAAUAUUGAUGACUGAAGAUUCAAAUAGCUCUCAAGGAAAACCUUUCUUAUUAUAUGAUGACUCAAGCAUACCAUUUUCUGUGGAGGACAUAUCAAAGUCAAUGCGAGAGAGAGAUUUAUCGGAUAUCAAUCCUCCUCCUCAGCUUCUUGAUAACUCAGCAUUUCAGUUUUUGUUAACAAAUACUGAAUAGUGUGGGAUGUUUCACUUUCUGAAUAUUUUUCGCUCCCUUGAUUGGUGUAAUUGUCAGUUCACCUGUGACGUCGGUUGUACUUUUAGCCUAUUCUUGUCUCAGAGCAGCCAGAUAUAGCUGUGAGGAGAAUGAUUCCCACCAAAAUCCUUACAUUCAAGAGUAUAAUUGUUAUAAACCAAACUAUUAUAAGCCAAACUAAUCUAUGUAACAGAUAUAAUUUAAUUAGAAAGUUCUACUUGGUGUUCAGUAUAACUGCCUUAAGACUAGUGAUGAAGCACAAUGAGCACGUUGCAAUUUUCGACUAGUGAUAA